CUCUGAAGAACGAGACGCAUACGCGGUUCCAUUCCAAGUCUCUCGUUUCUCCGCGUUCCUCGUCUCGCUCGCGCUGCGUAAGUAUAUAUAUAUAAAUACUACUGCAUAGACCCCGUAUCUGUCACGAACUUGUCUGCAUUUCUGCAACAGCGAGCGAAAUGGCGGCGUACGAGAAGCAGCGGCCGGAGGCUCCGAUGAACGCCGCGUACUACGGCCAGCCGAUCCGUCCGCUGCAGCCGCCGUACUAUCCACCGCCGCCGCCGCCACCGCCACCACCACAAGGUCCACCACCGCCACGACCCGUCCCACGCCUUGGCGGCGGCCCGCGCUGCCUGCUCGGCUUUCUCGUGACCCUUAUCGUCGCGAUCGGCGUGGCUACCCUGGUCCUACGGCUCAUCUCGCGCCCGUACAGCCUCAAGGCGUACGCCGACUCCGCGGCGCUCUCCCGUUUCGAUCUCGGCAGCGGCAGCAGCGGCGGAGGGGACGACCUCCUCCAGUACAACCUCACCGUGGACAUCCGCCUGCGGAACCCCAGCCGCUUCGGGGUCCGCUGCGACUACGCCGAGGCGCAGGCGUUCUACGGCGGCGACCGCUUCGGGUUCGACCCGCUGCGGCCGUUCUACCUGGACGGCAGGAGCGACGCCAGGGUCACGGCCACGUUCGGCGGCUCGGCGGUGGUAGACGGCGACGGCGCGCGGCGCACGUACCAGAGGGAGAGCGGGGAGGGGUUCUACUACGUCAAAGUGAAGGUGUACGCGGACCUCAGGUUCAGGGUUAGGACGAUCGUCCGCCGGCGUGUUUUCAAGAGCAAGAUCACCUGCGUGCUGCGCUUGCCUGUGCCCGCUGCCGGUGGCGGCGUCAACUCCACGGCGAUGACAACGCUAGGGACGAGGUGCGACGUAGACUUCUGAUCCUUGCCGAUUGUACAAGGGUGGCCAUGCAUCCUUUGACCGGCAUGGGAUAAGCGCCGACAGUAUAUAUAUAGCGUUUCUUUGAAGGGAUCCCUUCUUUGAAGGGUAUUCUGCCAAUUGUCGUUUGAUUAGCACGUCCAUUACUUAGUUCUUUUCUAUGCAUGCAGAUAAAUGAACAAACCUGAAAUUUGCUCUGA